AUGGAUUUUAUGAGACCAUUCCCUCCAUCCAAUGGAAAACUCUUCAUUUUGUUGGCAGUCGACUAUGUAUCAAAGUGGGUCGAGGCAGUGGCAUGCGCCAGCAGUGAUGCCAAAGUGGUUGCCAAAUUUUUACACAAGCAUAUAUUCACAAGGUUUGGCACACCCAGAGCUUUGAUCAGUGACGAAGGCUCCCACUUCAUUAACAAAGUUGUAGCAUCUCUCCUUGCUAAGUAUAAUAUCAAGCACAAAGUAUCCACAACAUAUCACCCCCAACCAAACGGGCAUGCGGAAAUAUCUAACUGGGAAAUUAAGAGCAUUUCGGAAAAUGAUGUUAAUGCAAAUCGAAAGCAUUGGGCAAUGAAGCUAGAUGACGCAAUAUGGGCUUAUUGCACAGCCUUCAAGACGCCUCUGGGGGAUGUUCGCCGCUUACAAUUGCUAGAGCUCGAGAAGUUUCACAGAGACACAUAUGACAAUGCAAAAUUAUAUAAGGAAAAGACGAAGCAAUGGCACGAUGCGAGAAUCAAUCCUAGGAAGUUUGAAAAAGGACAGCAAGUGUUGCUUUUCAAUUCAAGACUCAAACUCUUGCCGGGAAAGCUUAAAUCGAGAUGCCCAGGCCCAUUUUUGGUCUCACACGUAUUUCUCCAUGGUGCAGUUAAAGUGCAAGAAAUGGAUUCAGGAAGAGAAUUUACAGUGAACGGGCAGAGGUUGAAGCAUUUCUUUGGAGGAAGCGUGGUGAGAGAUGCUGGAGCUCACCACUUUGCCACAUAUUAA